AUGCGAGCGAUUCACCUUUCGAGCGCCUUCUUCCUGGUGCUGGCUACGAUCAACCUUGGGACGAUCUCAGUGACUGCCGCUUCGUGCGCCGACCGAGUGUCGUCAGGAGACCAGAGCGUUGGGAUCACCGCAGUGGAGGAUGCGUCCUGUGCUUCCGGCGGCUUGGGAUGCUUCUCGGACGGGGAGCAGUGCCGAUUCUGCCGGCCCGACAGCUCCACCGACAACGAGAAUUAUCACCUCAUGCUGUGCUCCGAAUCGGUCGAGGCAGGCAUCGACUGCCUGUCGCUCGUGUCUGUCGGCGACCAGGGCGUGGGCAUUUCUGCCGUAGCAGCUACGAAUCCGACGUGUGCGGCGAACGGCUUGGGCUGCUUCCAGGACGGAAAGUGCCGAUACUGUCAGUCGAGGGAGACAACGCAAAGCGCGCCUUACAUGACGUGCGCGCGUGCUGGUGGGAGCUCUACGUCGACUGGUACUUCAUCAACCACACCGACAUCUGCACCGGCAUACACGCCGGCACCCACCGCCGCGUCAACCAGCACGAGUUGCUCGACAGUUGUGUCGCGGUCUGGACUGCAGAGCGUCUCGUACAUCACCGACAGCCGCUGCAACGUGGCGUCCCCGACGCUGGUCGGCUGCUCUGCUCGAACGUCAUGCCGACUGUGCCGCGACUACAAGAACGAAGCCAACCAGUUCCUCGUGAGCUGCCAAGUGCUCAAGGACCUGGGGACAACUGAGAGCGCGGCGGCGGGUUCUGGCAAGACGGAGUCAGGCGCAGCCGAAGGUGUUACGGCUACCGGCGCUUCCGCCGGCACGACAAUUGCUGUGGUUGCUGCGGUUGUAGGAGUUCUGGUCGUGGUCAUGAUGAGCGUCAUGUACGUCAAGGGGCGACGCGACUCGCUGGACGAGAUCAUGACGCCCGACGACUGCCCCGGUGGCGACCUCAUGACCCCACACGGCGGCCGUGGUUACACGCCGCGAGAGGGUUCGCUAGUCAUGGUCGUGAGUCAGUCGUCGAUCGCCACUCUCUAG